GUCUCGCCCGUUUUCUGUCCAUUACCCUCGCAGCGCCAGGGCUAUCUCUGCACUUUGGACUUAAAGCGUACACUACAUACAAGAGCUGAGCAGUCAAGAUGUGGCUUUCUGAUGGACAGAAAAUUGGUGUCGCGCUCACAUCCUUUGGGGCGCUGUUUAUGUUCCUCGGAGUGAUGCUGUUCUUCGACGGCGCGCUGCUCGCACUCGGAAAUUUGCUGUUCCUCGCAGGGCUGACCCUUAUUAUCGGCCCACACAAGACAUUUUACUUCUUCGCGCGAAAACAGAAGCUGCGCGGGACUGCAUGCUUCAUUGGCGGCAUCCUCCUCGUAUUCCUCAAGUGGCCGUUUGUGGGCUUUGUCGUCGAGACGUUUGGGUUCCUCAAUCUUUUCGGGGACUUCUUCCCGGUCAUACUGACGUUCCUGCGACAACUACCAGGCGUAGGGCACGUGCUGUCAUUGCCAUAUAUCCGAGAUGUAGCGGAUCGCAUAGCAGGCUCGCGAACGUCUAUUGUAUAGUCUGUCUCUGGAAUCUACUGGUCCUCCGA